ACGCUACGGGAACAAAACAUAGAAUAGAAAAUAACGACUAAAGUACAUAAAGCAUAAACAGGGAGCAUAAAGACGAGCGCGCCUAGACUGACUCCUGCUCUGCCUUGGGUCUCUCUCGGUUGCUAUAGCUAGCGCGAGAAGACGGACAUGCAUGCACGCAGGCGCGCACGCACACACAACACACACAUACGAGAAAAGCGCGAGAGAGACGCAAGGGGGAUGGGGUUGGUCACGAAUGCGUUUCUGUUAACUUCCCCGUGACAAUUACAGAUAGCCAAAGCGCACAGAAGUAGCCAAAUAACGUAACACUGCCAGUAAACGAAUGGCUAGAUGUCUGAGAGUCGGAGAGAUGAGAGAGGCAAGCAGAGAGGGAGAGAGAAGACUCACACAGUCCCAGUGUUGCACAGCAGAUAUGAGGAUGAUUGAUGUGUAAGAGGCAGAGCCCGGCGCAGAGCAGGCAGCCUUGCGGACCAGUACUCAGACCCAGGAUCAGCCCAGCCUUCUCAGAGCUGGAGACCCUCUCCCCACAACGACCGUCGCCUCUGCUGCGUGGCCCCCUCAGUGACAUGUACCCUGAAGAGAGCCGGGAGUCCGGAGGGGUAGCCACUGUGGACUUCCUGGAAGGGACGUACGACUAUGCCACCCCCACCCCUGCCCCGACUCCUCUUUACAGCCACUCCACCCCUGGCUACUACUCUGCACCUCUGGACGCCCAUGGACCACCCUCAGAUGGCAGCCUUCAGUCCCUGGGCAGUGGGCCUACCAGUCCUCUUGUGUUUGUGCCCUCCAGCCCCAGACUCAGCCCCUUUAUGCACCCGCCCAGCCACCACUAUCUGGAAACCACCUCAACACCCGUCUACAGGUCCAGUGUCCCAUCCAGUCAGCAGCCGGUUUCCAGAGAGGACCAUUGUGCCACCAGUGACGAGUCAUACAGUGUGGGGGAGUCAGGGGCUGGAGCCGGGGGUUUUGAGAUGGCCAAAGAAAUGCGUUUCUGUGCCGUGUGCAGUGACUAUGCCUCUGGGUACCACUACGGGGUGUGGUCCUGUGAGGGCUGCAAGGCCUUCUUUAAGAGGAGUAUCCAGGGUCACAAUGACUAUAUGUGCCCAGCAACCAAUCAGUGUACUAUUGACAGGAAUCGGAGGAAGAGCUGCCAGGCUUGCCGUCUUAGGAAGUGUUACGAAGUGGGCAUGAUGAAAGGAGGUGUGCGCAAGGACCGGGGGCGUGUUUUGCGGCGUGACAAACGACGUACUGGCACCAGUGACAGAGACAAGGCCUCUAAGGGCCUGGAGCACAGAACAGUGCCCCCUCAGGUCAGGAGGAAACACAGCAGCAGCAGCAGUGCUGGUGGUGGAGAAGGAAAAUCACCGGUGACUGGCAUGCCUCCUGACCAGGUGCUCCUCUUGCUCCAGGGUGCCGAGCCCCCAAUGCUGUGCUCCCGUCAGAAGCUGAGCCGACCCUACACUGAGGUCACCAUAAUGACCCUGCUCACCAGCAUGGCUGAUAAGGAGCUGGUCCACAUGAUCGCCUGGGCCAAGAAGCUUCCAGGUUUCCUGCAGCUGUCCCUCCAUGACCAGGUGCAGCUGCUGGAGAGCUCGUGGCUGGAGGUGCUGAUGAUCGGGCUCAUCUGGAGGUCCAUCCACUGCCCAGGCAAACUCAUCUUCGCACAAGACCUCAUACUGGACAGGAAUGAAGGCGACUGUGUCGAAGGCAUGGCUGAGAUAUUCGACAUGCUGCUGGCCACUGCUUCCCGCUUUCGCAUGCUCAAACUCAAACCUGAGGAGUUUGUCUGCCUCAAAGCUAUCAUCUUGCUCAACUCUGGUGCCUUCUCUUUCUGCACCGGCACAAUGGAGCCCCUCCACAACAGCGUGGCAGUGCAGAACAUGCUGGACACCAUCACAGACGCUCUCAUACAUCAUAUCAGCCAAUCAGGAUGUUCAGCUCAGCAGCAGUCGAGGCGGCAGGCCCAGCUGCUGCUCCUGCUCUCCCACAUCAGGCACAUGAGCAACAAAGGCAUGGAGCAUCUCUACAGCAUGAAGUGCAAGAACAAAGUGCCUCUGUAUGACCUGCUGCUGGAGAUGCUGGACGCUCACCGCGUACACCGCCCAGACAGACCAGCUCAGUCCUGGUCCCAGGCUGACGGAGAGCCUCCUUCAUCACCAGCAACAACAACAACAGCAGCAGCAGCAGUGGCGGCGGUGGCUCCUCUUCAGCCGGUUCCAGUUCAGGACCCCAAGUCAGCCACGAGAGCCCGAGCAGAGGUCCAGGUGUCCUGCAGUAUGGAGGGUCCCGCUCUGACUGCACCCAUAUCCUAUGAGAGAGCACAACAAGCAACAUCUGAAGGUCAAAAGUCAUUUUUCUGGAUGAUGUGUGUAGUACAGAAUGAAAGAUAAAGGUUGUAUUUGAAAUUAUUUCUUUAUAAAUAUUUAUAAAUUAAGUGAUUUUAUAGUUGUAGCUGUUUAGGGAGACAUUUUUUCCUUUGCACUACAGUACACUACAAUAUCAGCUUCAAUGCAGUCAAUCUUCUAUGCUGCCUUUCAUAAUAUCUGUGAUUUUGAGUCAGUCUCUGACAGCUUUACAGUACAGCUUAUUAUUUCCAGGUGUUAGGUCAUAUUGUGACACUCUGUCGGCUAUGGUGAUUUGAAAUGACGAGCAGCUAAUUUGUCUUUGUAUUCGCCUCGACCAAAGUGCACUUCCUCUUGGGUUUAAGGGACUAAUGGGCAUUAUUUUUACUUUUACAUAUAAAGGAUGAUUACACACUAUGAUAAGAAACAGGUUCAAAUGAAUGCGUAAUUUAUUUUGUGUUUAAAUCGUUAAAGCCUAAACGUCAGGUAUCGAGUCUUAAGUCUUUUGAAUAGCUAAAAAUUGCACGAUCAAAUCUUAGAGCACUGAAAAAUUAUGCCAAGCUUUAUUGUUGGGUAACUUCACCCCAUCCACAGCUUUUUGUGUAUAGUAGGUUUGUUCUUUAUGCUUACUUGCAGCAAAGUUUUUUUUCUGAAUUAGUCAUGUUUUAAAUGUGUGUGUGUGUGUGUGUGUGUGUGUGUGUGUGUCUGCAAGAGAGAGAAAUCUGCAAUGAGCUGAGUGGCUCCAAGCUGAUUUAAUUCAACACAUUUCACCCACAUCAAAGCUACAACCGGUUACUAUUCAUCCACUAAUUCAGUGAUUACAUGUUGAGUUUACUAGUUACUCUAAUAUAUGUGCAUAUAUGCGAUUGUUUUUAUUUCUGUUUAAAUGGACUGAAUUUGAUCCGAUUGGAAAGAAGAUAUCUGAUAUGGAUAUGAUCAAGUGUUUUCUUUAUUAGCUGCUAUACACUGCUAAGUACCAGUAUAAAAGUUUGGUUUAUAAAAUGUCAGAAAAUGUGAUGUAUUCAAAUAGCCUUUUCUGUCCAACCAACAAUCUAAAUCCCAAAUGUAUUCAAUUUACUAUCACAAACACAAAGAAAAGCAGAAAAUCCUCAAGGUGUGUUCAGAGAAAAAGCGAAGUAAACAUUUGUCUCCUGCAAUAUAUGAAAAUGGACAUUUGCCCCGCUCCAAUAUUUGUAAUGACCAGUCAUCAAAUGUCUCCAAAAGAAAGCUAAUGUUCUCUCCUUAUUAUUUAUUCAGUGUUAAACUGACUCCAAAUCCUACUGGAUGGUCACUGAACACGUCCUGCUUCAUGUUGGUUUACACGUCAACCAACAACAUUGAACACAACAGCUGUGCCCUCGUGCCAAUGUUUUAGGCCAUACUGUAUCCUCCGCCUGCCACUCACAGGUAAAACACAGUCUGUUUAAAUCGCAGCCUCACUGAUGCACACGUUAAAUAUGAACCAGUGUGUUACAGCUCUCGAUGAACACAUCUGGCUGGAUGUUUGUCAGUGUAACAGGCUGGAGGAUGAUCGGAGUUUCACUGGGUCUGUAGUUGAUUUGUCACUGUGAACCGACCAGGUUAUCAUUAUGUUGGUCAAAAUGCACCCAAAUGCACACUUGCUCGCUGAAGUCAAAACUCGCUACAAACUCAGAUCCUUUCUGUAUUAUCCUCCAGUUUCUCUCCCUUUUCAUGUCGUCUUCGUAUGUUUAUGAAGCAGCCUCUUUGCGUCAAUGUGUGCCACCCUGUUUGAAUUCGCAUCUUUCCAUUGACUUUAGAUGCAAGUGCACUGCCUCAAAAAUUCCCUUUGUGUUCUCUAAACACACAGUAACAACUGAAGCUGCAACUAGGCAAUAUUGGGCAUUUUUGCUUGAAAAAUGACUGAUUGUUAAAAUAGUAGCUAGUUCCUGACUAACUGACUAAUAGUUUCAGCUCUACUCUUAAGUACUAAAAAAAAAAAAAAAUGCCACCCUGCUGUUGAAAAAAAAAGUUCUCUCUUCCUCUUUGGGGACAUGUUAAAUGUUUUACAUUCUUUAAUUGAAUCAAUGCAAAAAUAAUCAUAAAAUAAGAAAAUAAAAGAGAAUUGAGUCCACGUGUGAUAGGUUUAUAAUUUAACACAGGUCAUGAUUAUUAAUCCUAGUUCUCUGUGAUAAAAGGACACUGCUCCAAAUUAAACUUUUUCCUUGUUUGUUGAUACUGUGAUACUAAGCAUAUAUUUUGUGCACCAUAGAUUUGUAAUACGUCAAAUAAUUGGAAUAACUUUGGCGAUGCAGUACACUGUAAGUUUGAACACAAGCAUUUAAUAUAUUGAGAAAAAAGCUGACUGACGUGUAGAGAAUGCACGCAAUUAAAAUGUAUGUUUCCAGGACAGAAACGAUAAACAGAGAUGCAGUUCCAGUGUAGUCAAAUCUGAUCGGCGCCACUUACAGACGUGUAUGGAAAUCCUCCAUACGGGAUCAGAAAACUGGAUUUAGCCACUUGACUUAUGUGUAAUACCAGUCAAACCUGACCAGACUGUUAUUUGUUUGCUGUGCAUAAAAAUAAAAACAGUAAUUGGGAAAAUGUUGUUCAUUACCGUAUUUCUUUUAAGUUUGUAUCCCAUAAUCAAGUGGAAGAAUACACAGAGGUAAAUAUUUCAUGUUUUUUUAUUUGAAAAGAGAGUAUUCUUCAUGAAGUCGGCAUUAGCAAACUGUACAUACAUAAAUAACCAUUUUCAUAUUUCUUUUUUUUUUUUUUUUUUUUACAGAUUGUGUUUUAACAACGCAGUGAUUCUAAUCAUCUCAUCACUGCAGAAUAAUUAUCGCAGUUAUUACAAAGCUCACUAUUUCAUGUCACAGCUGUCUACUAAAACACUAACAGU